AUGGGCACCGUGACCUACCGCCAUGGCAUCGCUAUCCUCCAGCUGAUCGUCUUUCCCUUCAUCCUUGUUGCUGGUGUUUUCAUCUGGAGUCGAGCCGGCUGGAAGGUCGGCAGCAAGAUCUGGCGAUACCCCGUUACGCUCUCUCUCAUCCGCAUCGCCGGCUGUAUUGCUUCGCUGGUGUCAAUCGAUCAUGAUUCCCACGACACCGAAGUCGCCGUCGCAGUAUGCGAGCUCAUUGGCAUUGCCCCUCUUCUAUUGACCUAUAUCGGGAUACUGAGGCAGAUUGAUACGGAAAAAAGAAUGCCUCCCCGGUUCAUUCCAGCAGUAACCAUCAUCUGUAUCAUCGGCCUGAUCCUAGGUAUCGCCGGGUUCAGCACAGCAGACACUCAGAACGGGACUUACCACCCAAGCAAAAUCGUCAAGGCAUCCAUGGGCAUCUUCCUCGGCGUCUUCGCGCUUGUCCUCCUUCUCACGGCUUUUCUUUACAUCCAGCUUCAAGGCAGAUUGCGCGCAUUCCAGAAGAAGCUCUUUCUUGCUAUUGUCCUUUCAAUGCCCUUUCUAAUUGUUCGAUUGGUCUACUCUGCGAUCAGUGACUAUGGUCAUGACUCGCGCUUUACGGUUCUUGUGGGUGAUCCGACCGUCUUCCUGUGUAUGAGUGUGCUGGAGGAGAUUGUUGCCAUGGUUGUAACUAUGGUUCUUGGAGUAUCGGCUGUGCGUGAGGCAGACUUUGUACGGGUGGCUUUGCCUGAGCAGAAUUCUGGGCGGAAGGUUGAGCGUGUUUAG